AAAUCUGCUUCCGGGUGUGGUGACAAAAACUUCCUGAUCUACCAUAUGUAAGCGUGACAUUUUUUUUCUGCAGUCCCCUCACUUGCGUGCAAGACAGGUGAGCCACAACACAUUGGAAAAUGUUAAUCUUAUCAAAUCGGGUGAAAGUAUUUUCCUUGGCGUUCACGGCGGCCCGGCUGUGCAGCAGCGGCGCCUCCUCGGCCAACAGCAACCCCACCGUGUAUUUUGACAUUGCUGCAGACAACCAGCCGCUGGGCAGAGUAACCUUCGAGCUCAACGCUGAUGUUGUGCCGAAAACCGCAGAAAACUUCCGGGCGCUGUGCACGGGGGAACAGGGCUUCGGCUACAAGGGCUCAACGUUCCACAGGGUGAUCCCUCAGUUCAUGUGCCAGGGCGGAGAUUUCACAAACCACAAUGGAACUGGAGGGAAAUCCAUCUAUGGGUGGAAGUUCCCGGAUGAGAACUUCUUGCUGAAGCACACUGGACCUGGUAUCUUGUCUAUGGCCAAUGCUGGACCCAACACCAACGGAUCCCAGUUCUUCAUCUGCACCGCUAAGACAGAAUGGCUGGAUGGCAGGCAUGUUGUCUUUGGCAGUGUCAAGGAGGGAAUGGACGUGGUCAAGAAAGUGGAGUCCUUUGGUUCGCGGUCUGGGCGAACCUCCAAGAGGAUCACUAUCACAGACUGUGGAGAACUCAAGUAGAUUUUGUACAGGCAGUGGACACUGUCCUAGUUCCUUCUCCUGCUGUAAUUUCAAUGUGACACAGUCAGAGUUAUAGUGGCUCUAACGCUCAGCCAUGGCGCAGGGCGCUACCUCUCAUUACUGACCAUAGGUCUUCCAGCAGAGUUAGACUCUGUUUUUGUUGGUGCAUAAAAAUUCUGUCUUUUAACGGGUAACGAACAGCAAGUGCUGGGCUGUUUAUGUGUCACGCUAUUCAAUGUGAACUAAUGAAAUAAAAACGUCGCCACUGAAUAGUAAAAGUAUAUUGUAAUGAGAAGUGUGGAGUAAUGAGCCCAUUCCGCUGGUUUUGAACUCACUAUAUUAAAUAAAGCCAUUUUUGCUUAAUAUGU